CAAGCCAGCUCCAGCUACUACACGCAAUCCCACACCCUUGCCGGCAAGAUGUUGUGCGCAAUCUCCGGCGAAGCACCCCAAGUCCCUGUCGCGUCGCGCAAGAGUGGCAAUGUCUUUGAGCGACGCCUGAUCGAGGCAUACAUCUCCGAGCACGGCACGGACCCCGUUAACGGCGAAGAGCUCACCGUCGACGACCUCCUCGAGCUGAAGCAACCGCGCGUCGUCCGCCCGCGCCCUCCCACCCUCACCUCCAUUCCGUCUCUCCUUGCGGCCUUCCAGAACGAAUGGGACGCCGUCGCCCUCGAAACUUAUACGCUGAAGCAGCACCUUGCGCAGACCCGGCAGGAGCUCAGCACAGCUCUCUACCAGCACGAUGCCGCGGUGAGGGUCAUUGCGCGGUUAACGCGUGAGAGGGACGAGGCUCGUGACGCCUUGUCGAAGGUGACUGUCAGCGCCGGUGGCGCGGCGGGCGGAGAUGCCAUGCAGGUCGACACGCAGGCGCUGCCGGAAGCGAUUGCGGCCAAGAUUGACGCUCGACACGCAGAACUUUCGAGCACGCGCAGGAAGCGCCAGGUGCCAGAGGACUGGGCCACGGCUGACGCGAUCCAAUCCUAUGACUCCACGAGCUCGACCGAGCCCUUGUACCCCGGUGCGAAGAGCCUGGCGCUGGACAAGAGCGGCGACCUCGCGCUCUUCGGAGGCUCGGACGGCGUCGCUGGCGUGUACUCGAUAUCGCAGAAGCAGGCGGUGCAGGCGCUCAAGGCCGGUGGAAGCAUUACCGCUGGAGCGUGGUACGAGGACCGGCCCGUUGUCGCCACGUCGACCGGCGCCGUUAAGGUGUUUGAGAACGGCGCGGAGGUCGCGCAGAUUGGCUCGCACGCUGGCGCCGUUACCUCUCUUGCCCUUCACCCUACCGGAGACAUUCUUGCUUCCACUGGCGUGGAUAAGAGCUAUCAGCUCUACGAUCUCACGAGCAACAAGCUGCUCACUCAGGUCUUCACUGACGCUGAACUUCUCUGCAGCAGCUUCCACCCCGACGGGCACCUCUUUGCUGCCGGAGGCAAAGACGGCACGAUCAAAGUCUUCGACGUCAAGAGCGGGGACAACAUGGCCAACUUCGAAGCGGGCGGGCCGCUGCAAGCGCUGUCGUUCUCGGAGAAUGGGACGUGGCUAGCAGCGGUGGUGCAAGGGCAGACGAGCGUGGCCAUCUGGGACCUGCGCAAGGCGGCGGCCAUCAAGACGCUGGACGUGGGCAGCGCCAUCGACAGCGUGCACUGGGACUACACGGGCCAGUUCCUCGCCGUGGCCGGCCCCGGCUGCGUCGCGGUCCAGCACUACUCCAAGGCCGCAAAGGCUUGGUCCGAGCCUUUCCGCAAGGCUGUCCCGGCUGCAGCGGUGCAGUGGGGCGAGCGCGCGCAGAGCUUGGUCGCGCUGACGGCGGAAGGUGCGCUCAAUGUGCUGGGCGCUGCUGCGUAGAGGUAGAGACUGUCUGUCCGGUGGCUGGUCUUUUGUGUGGGGUAAUGGGUUGGCCGGUUCGUUGGUAGGGCAGGGUGCGAUAUGCGGGUAGUUAGGAUGCAUGGCCCUUGGUCAAGGAGCAAAAUAAAACAAAACACAGACAAUGCCAGACCAGAUCAGACCGGACCAGCUUGAUGGUUGUAAAAAGCCCCCUCCUUUUCCUUCCUUUUCCUUCCUUCCUUCCCUACAUAC